AUGUACGCGUACGGUCUGGAGCGCGCCGCCGCAACCCUCUCGCAGCUAGAGACACGUGCCGACUUCCGCCACUUCCUGUCCCGGGAGCGCCGUCAGGGGCGAACCAUGUCGCUGGUCGAUUUCAUAAGGCGACCCUUAAAGCACCUCGAAGCCCUUUGCGAUGUCGCGGCCGCCAUUGAGAAAACCACAAUCCAUGGGUCACGUGACCAAACAGCAUUCUCCAAAAUCGUGCAAGAAUUACGAAAGGUGAUGGCGACAACGACAUCUGCGGAAGCAGUCAUCAGCGUCAUCGGGUCCACUUCCGGUCUAGACGUCUCCGCCUCGGGGGUUUCCGGCUCGCGGCGCCGCGUGCCAAUGAUGGGAUCCCUCGUGUUGAAGAGAGCCUCGUCUUCAUCUUCGUCCAGUGGUUUCGGUAGUGGCGGAUCCGAACACUCCGAGGAGCCGCAUUGUGCAUCGGGCGGCUGGUUCCCCGCGCAGAGUGAGCUGCGCACGUCGACUGUGUGAUGAGCUCGUAAACAGCAUAAUGAUGCAAUUCAGUGUUAAUUCUUAACAUAGUGAUUAUUGUGGAGACUCAAUAAAAGCAAUAGGUACCAAAA